GCCGCCGCCCUGGGAGCCCCAGCGCCCGCCGAGCACCUGGAGACGGCCCUGGCGGGGCUGCAGGCGGGCCCGCAGGACGCGACCCAGCUGCUGGCGCUGCUGCAGGCGGCGCCGCCGCAGCCUCCGGCCGGCGGCGGGGACGCCGCGCUGCUGCAGUACCUGGCGGCGCUGCAGCAGCCCCAGGGCGGCGGCGGGGACGCCGCGCUGCUGCAGCAGCUGGCGGCGCUGCAGCACCUCUGGGCGGCGGCGGGGCGCUGCAGCACCCAGGGCUGCAGGGCCUGGGGGCCGCCGCGCAGCUGGACCCGCUGCAGCAGCUGCUCGCCUCGCAGCAGGUGGACCCCAUGGUGCAGCAGCUGCUGGCCUCGCAGCAGCAGCUGGAUCCCGCGGUCCUGCAGCUGUUGGCCUCGCAGCAGCAGGGCCCGCCGCUGCUGGGGCAGCAGCCCGAGGCCGCUGCGCAGGCCAGCGACCACCAGAGAGCGCUUCAGCAGAUCGCUCUUCAGCAGCAGAUGCUGAAGCAGGCGGAGGACGAGGCGAAGGUAGCGGCGGCGAAGGCGGGCGGCUACGUCGGCAUCCUGGCGCGCUUUGACGACAUCAAGGGGUACGGGUUCAUCGAGUGCUCGGAGUCUCGGCAGCAGUAUGGCCGGGACAUUUUCUGCCUAAAGAGCAAGAAGAAUGAUGCGGAGGUCGGCGACAUGGUGACUUUCAAUGUUGAAAUGGGUGACCAAGGGAAGCCGCAGGCGGCAAACAUCAUCAAGCUUGGCGAGCUCUCGCAGCACAAGAAGAUGAUACUAACGUGGCAACAGAUGUAUACUGGAGCGAUCGUCGACGCCUCCGACGGGGUCCCCGUGAUGGGCAACAUCAGGGAAUUCACCGGCGUGGUGGGCAAGUACGAUGAAGAGAAGGGGUACGGUUUCAUUGAGUGCGCGGAGUCGUAUGCACUGUACCAGCGAAAUGUCUUCAUCCACAAGGACCAUUGGGUCCCCGGAGCCAGAGUAGGUGACGUUGUGGGCUUCCACGUCGAGCUUAACAACAAGGGCUGGCCGCAGGCUCGCAAUAUCAACAAGAAGGAGGCGCCGCCAACAGUCGUGCUGCCACCCGUCCGCUCAGCGCUGCCUUCCGUCGUCACCGCUCCGGCCCAGGCCGUUGGUAGACUGGGUGCGCCAGCGCCUCCCCCGCCCGCGCCGCCGCCGCCCCCGGCGCCCGUGGUGCUGCUGGUGGGGAGCUCGCCCGCGCCCGCCGCCCUGGCGGCCCCCCCGCCGGCGCCGCCUGCCGCGGAGGGGACGCUGUCGCUGAUGGUGGCGCAGGACGCGCAGCUGUCGGCGGACGACGCGGCGUCGCUGAUGGCCUUCUUCGCCGGCCUCCGCGUGACCUCCGUCCGGGAGAUCCAGGAGCUGGGGAGGGUCACCAACCUCCAGGAGCUGGUCGGGAAGCAGCUCUACCGGCACGAGCAGACCGCGCCCCUGUCCAUGCCGGCCAAGACCGCGCUGGGCAGGAUCCUCCUCAAGGCGACGGGCGCCGGCUAG